AUCGUGAUUUCUGUGAUGAGCUCCCAGAAAGGGAACGUGGCUCGUUCCAGGCCUCAGAGACACCAGAAUACCUUUAGCUUCAAAAAUGACAAGUUUGAUAAGAGUGUUCAGACCAAGAAAAUUAAUGGAAAACUUCAUGAUGGAGAAUGUCAUUGCUCUAAAGAAGUUCUUGAAUGGCAUGUAAAAUACAGCAAAUACAAACUAUUAUCAAAACCUAAAAAAUGAGUCAAAUGUUUACAAAAGACAGUGAAGGAUUCUUAUCACAUAACGUGUAGACCUUGUGCCUGUGAACUUGAAGUCUGUGCUAAAUGUGGAAGGAAAGAAGACAUUGUUACUCCAUUUAAUAAAGAACCAGAAA